UUCUUCUCAUCUUCUCAUACUUGUUCAUGGCUGCGCUUAUCCCUCUUUCAAUCCAUUCCCAGCCCACACACACAAUCACACCAGGCCAAAAUCUCACUGAUUCGGAGCGCAUGGUCUCUGCAAAUGGUGUAUUCACACUAGGGUUCUUCAGCCCUGGUAAGUCUAAGCACCGUUACUUAGGCAUGUGGUACACCAAAGACGAAGCUCAGAGAGUGGUUUGGGUUGCUAAUAGGUUAAUCCCCAUCACCAACUCAUCGGGAGUUCUCACUAUCGGGGAUGAUGGGAGACUGAAAAUUAAGCAGAGUGGGGGAUUGCCCAUUGUCUUGAAUACAGAUCAAGCUGCCAAGCACAAUGCCACAGCCACUUUGCUGGAUUCCGGAAACCUUGUUCUUACACAUAUGAUCAAUGAGACUGGAGCUUUCAAAAGGGAGACAGUAUGGCAAAGUUUUGAUCACCCUUCAGACACGCUCCUCCCGGGAAUGAAACUUGCUGUGAACCUUAAGGUUGGAAGUAACCGGUCGCUGACUUCAUGGUUAAGCCAUGAAGUCCCCGCACCAGGAGCUUUCACUCUAGGCCUGGACCCGACAGUGGAUGAUUCAUGCCAAGUAGUGAUAUGGAGGCGCGGGAUUGUCCUCUGGACGAGUGGCAUCUGGGAAGACAAUAGUACCCAUUUUGAGGAUUGGUGGAAUACCUAUAAUGUUAGCUUUGCUUGUGUUGUUGUAAGCAAGUAUGAGAAGUAUUUCAAUUAUACAUAUGCAGAUCAUAGCCAUCUUUCAAGGUUGGUGAUGGGUGCAUGGAGACAGGUCAAAUUUAAUAGCUUUUCUGAGUUUGCGAUUACUCUAUGUGAAGGUAGAAAUCCAAUUCUAAGUUCUGGGUGUGUGGAGGAGGAAUCCAAGUGUGGAAGGCACCAUAGAACUGCGUUCAGGUUUAAGAACAAAUACAUGAAAAGAAGAGCAGAAUACGGUGAUGAUGAUCCCAACUUGGGUAUCGCUGAUUGCGAUGCCAAGUGCAAGGAGAAUUGCUCUUGUAUUGCUUAUGCUUCGGCUCACAAAAAUGGAACCGGAUGUCAUUUUUGGCUUCAAAAUAGUCCUCCCGUGGAGGGGGCAAUUCUUGGGUUGGAUGCCUAUGUUUCAGAUCAGGAACUGAAUAAAGGAAGCAAUUACAAUUGGAUAUCGUAUGCUACAGCGAUCAUAUUUGUUCCAACAAUGCUUUACUGUGUCAUCUGUUGCAGUUAUACAAAAAGUAAAAUAGCCCCAGGGAACGAAAUUUUCCAUGAUGACUUUGUUCAUGAGUUAGAUACUGAUGGAUCAACUUCGGAAAAAACUAGCAAAAAGUGUGCUGAAUUGCAACGUUUCAGUUUUUCCGAUAUUACAGUUGCGACUAAAAAUUUCUCAUCUAAAAACAAGCUCGGAGAAGGUGGAUUUGGACCCGUUUACAAGGGUAAGUUAUCAGAGGGUCAAGAAAUUGCAGUCAAAAGACUUUCAAGAGGUUCAGUGCAAGGACUAUUAGAGUUCAAGAAUGAGAUUGCACUAAUUUCAAAGCUCCAACAUACUAACCUUGUUAAGCUUUUGGGUUAUUGCAUUGAUCGAGAAGAGAAGAUGUUAAUCUAUGAAUACAUGCCUAACAAAAGCUUGGACUUCUUCAUCUUUGAUCCAACAAGAAAAGAAUUGCUAGAUUGGAAGAAAUGUUUUAGCAUCAUUGAGGGGAUUGCUCAAGGACUACUCUAUCUUCAUAAGUACUCCAGACUAAGGGUGAUUCAUAGAGACUUAAAAACAAGUAAUAUUUUAUUAGAUAACGACAUGAACCCUAAAAUUUCAGAUUUUGGCAUGGCAAAAAUGUUUAGACAAGAUCAAUCGAGGGCAAAUACAAAUAGGGUCGUGGGCACAUUUGGUUAUAUGUCUCCAGAGUAUGCCAUGGAGGGCAUUUUCUCAGUGAAAUCUGAUGUCUUCAGCUUUGGAGUCAUACUUCUAGAGAUCAUAAGUGGAAGGAAAAACACUAGCUUUUAUCAAUCUCAGCAACAUAUCAAUCUCAUUGGAUAUGCAUGGAACUUGUGGAAAGAAGGCAAAAUUUUGGAGCUGAUUGAUUCAAAAACAUGCAGCGCAUUUUCUGGAGACCAAAUGCAUAGGUGCAUUCAUGUGGCUCUUCUAUGUAUACAAGAAAAUGCAAUGGACCGACCCACUAUGUUGAAUGUCGUUUUUAUGCUUCGAAAUGAAAUGACAGUACCACUGCCUACUCCAAAAAGACCAGCCUUUUCUUUUGAGAGUUGUGAGAUUGGGGCCAAUGGGACUCAUAAGCUAUUAGAAGAUCAUUCAUCAAGCACUUUAUCCAUGUCUACAUGAAAUUAGAAAUAUUUUUAGGUUUCCAUUAGCAUCUUGAAAUAAUAUUUUGUUGGUAUUUAUUAAAUAUAUUGGUAUAGACAUACAAAAUGUGUGUAU